UUUGUUUAUUGUAGAUCUUUUGAAAACUGAUCAUGAAGUGGCUAGGUUUGUUUUGUCUGCUGGUCGUUGUCAAUGCUGGGACAUCGGAUUCAGAUGAUAUGAAAUGGCAUUUUAUAACAACCAACAACAACGGGGACAGGCUUCGAGCAUCUGUAGGACUCAACCGACGAAAUAUGAUACUCAUACCAGAUCCUGUGACUCGUCCAGAAAGGUGCGUCAAGCGAACCGUCAACCAGCAUGACUUUGAAAACCGCUUGGUUGCCAUGAAGGACCCUGUAAAACGCGAAUGUUGGGUGAAGCCGCUCGGAAAGAGAGAGACGUACGAAGAUGCGAAGUGGAUCAUUGACAGUGGGAAUGACAUGAUCCAGCAUUCGGAAGACUGGAUAGUGUCUAAAAGAGCGUUGGACAAGGACCACGUGGAAAGAGAGGUUGGAAGUCUGUUGGCUGACUUCUGUUCUGAUUCAGACGUCUUCAUGCUGAAAAGAGCUAACGCUGUUUUGGACAAACAGAAGGUCAAAGAUCUGUGUGUUGGUUUAUGUGGGAGAUGCAAAGUUCUCCCGAUGAAAGAGCUAUAAGUGAGGUUGUGGAGUAGCAGCCACGCUGUUCCUGGUUUCAAUAACACUAUAGCAGAAUAACCCAAGUUUUGUUUUAAUUAAUAUUAUUUUAAACAGCAAUACAUUCGUUAUGACACGAG